AUCGAUGGAUAGCACAACUCGACGGAACACCUAGCCGAAGUAUAGCUGGGUUAUGGCGGCGUGUUGUGAAGGAGAUGUGACCGCUGGAGAUUUAGAGCUACAGCUCCAUUAAACCGCCUUUAAACCGAGUCCAGACUCAGACUGCACCACGGGACACUAUCUACCAGCCUGACCACGAAAUAAUGAAAUCUCACCAUGAAGAUCACUAGAUUUCUCAUGCGAACCCAGCAUGCUGGGUGGAUCACUCUUUUCGUCAAGACACCUAUCAAGCCCAGCUGUUUUCAUGCGGCUCUCCUGCGGCCCCCAAUCCCACGUAUCUGCAUUGGUCAAGAGGCAAGAUGGAUUCAUUGUGGUUCCACAGUUUACAAGGACAAGCCGGACAAUUCAGAUCUGAGCAAGUUAUUUGAAAAUGAAACGAAGGCCAAGUCUUUGGUCACACAUGAUGACUUGUUUGAGAGAACAGCUAAAGAUGCAAAGAAUAAAGCCAGUUUCAACAGAGUGGUUGAUGUCUUCAACAAGCAGGACAUCAGGCGCCGUGGACAUGUCGAGUUUAUUUAUGCUGCUCUACAGAAAAUGCCAGAGUUCGGCGUAGAGCGGGACCUUGCUGUCUACAAUAAACUGCUGGAUGUGUUUCCCAAAGAGGUUUUUGUGCCUCGAAACUUUAUUCAGAGGAUGUUCAAUCACUAUCCCAGGCAGCAGGAGUGUGCAGUGCAGGUGCUGGAGCAGAUGGAAAAUUAUGGAAUCGUGCCUAAUGUGGAAACAAAGGUCCUUUUGGUUCAGAUCUUUGGAGAAAAGGGCCACCCUGUGAGGAAAUAUCAGCGUCUAAUGUACUGGCUUCCCAAAUUCAAGCAUAUAAACCCGUUUCCAGUUCCAUUUGAGCUCACGCAAGACCCCAUCGACCUUGCACGCUUCAGUCUCACCCGCAUUGCUAAUGACCUGGAUGCUAAAAUUACAGUUUACCAGUAUCCAUCAACAGACGUCACAGAAACAGGAGAGGAAGUCACCCAGCCACAUAUCGUAGGAAUCCAGGGCCCAGAGCAGAUCUCCCUGCUUGCCAAGCAUAACCCAAACAGACCAGUGUUUGUGGAGGGCCCUUUCCCCCUGUGGCUGAGGAAGACCUGUGUUCAAUAUUACCUGCUCAGGGCCGACCUUGUUCCUCCUGAGGAGAGGGUACAGGACGAGCCUGAUCCGGAACUAGUUGGUCCCAACCAAUGCCUCUUUUACCCCUGGCAAAUUGACCUAGAUCUUUCCAGAGACAUGGGAGAUGACUUCAGCUAUGAUGUGGAGGAUGUGGAGGAAGGUCCAGUCUAUGCGAUGUGUAUGGCAGGUCAGGGUGACCAAGCUACCCUCGCGCGAUGGAUCUGCGGCCUGCAGGAGACCAACCCCAUCUUGGGACGGAUUCCCACCGUGUUCCGCCUGGAGUCCGGGUCUAGGGAGCUCCAGACCGCUGCAGAUGUUCAGCACGACUCUGGGCAGAAUUCACAGUCAGGAUCGGAACAGGAGCACAUCAUAGAGGAGGAACAGCUGCACUCGCAGAGGAUGAAGCAAUGAGUGGGAUGUAGUGAUGAGACUCUUUGCGUACUGCACUGAUGAUGAAGUUGCUUGUUUGUGUGUCCUCUAUCAGUGUAGUCUAGGACUGGAUAAGGAUUUUGAUUUGAAAGAGAGGUUAUUUCAUUACAGAUUAUAAAACAAGCAUCUUACAUUAUGCCCAUCAUUAUGUCUCUCAGAUAGGGAUAUAGUGAUCUAGAAAUGCAAUUAGGAUGUAUUGAAAGUAUUUAAAUCUCAUUUAAAAUGUUUAAUAUAAAGAUAAUAAAUUAAAUACAGCUUACAUGACUGUAUUGAAGGUGAAUAAGUCAUCUUAUUACUGUAGUCACUCAAGUGUUCUGUAUAGAGAGGAUUUUACAAAUGGAUCAAACAUACCUGUCUGUUUCUGUAAUUUCAAGCUUCUUGACACUGCAUAAAAGCUGUUCAAAAUCA